CCGGCCCCCCUCGGUCUCCCCGGGCUUCGCGGCCCACCCUCACCCCGACCUACUGCGGAAAGAGAACCGAGACCCCACCCCCUCUGUCUCCUCCUCCCGGGCCCGAAGCGGCCAGAGUUUCGGUCACAAGUGACGGGCGCCGAAGCUUCCAUUCUCCCCUCCGCCCCUGCUCUGCCUUUUCACCGCGGUCCGGGAGAUGCGGCCGGCAGCUGGGCUCCCAGCCCUGUCGGCGGCCGCUCUCGCCCCCAUUGCCCCUCUCUGGGAUCUGGGAUCUGGAACUUCCACCAUCCCCCUUAGCUGCUGCCCCCAAACUUUCCCAUUCUUUUUCCACCUGGGCCCUUAGCUCUCUUUUGAUUCUAGUGCCAUAAUUUCAAUUUUAUUUUUUCGCCUUGGGGAAGGCAAACCCAAAGAAUGAUUCAGUGUUCUGAUAUUUUGGAGUUUAGGUUCACGCAGUAAUUUGUUCAAUAAUUAAUUUUCUUUUCCUGUUCCUUCCAUCUCUGCAUACGUACAAAAGUAGGCCUCUCCUGCUCUCCCGUCGUUGACAGGAGAACUUUUGCCUGCCCAUUAUAAUUAGCCACUUGGUCUGUCCAUGUGGUAAGUUUCAGGGAUAGUAAUUUUAGGAAUUUGGCUGACCCGGGUUGCAAAAUAAAAAAAAAAUACAUUUUUUAAAAUUAGUUUUAUCUUUAGUCUUUAUGAAGGCUCUUCUUUUGAAGAAUUAAUUUUUUUCUUCUUCUUUUUUUGAAUUGGCUCUGCUUCUGAUUUGUCAAAUCCAGGACAAUGUUAAUAGUAAAUGCUUACAACGCAAGUGAUGUCAUGAUCAUUGUAGUAUCCUGAGAAAAUGUGUUACUGCGAUAACUUAAAUUGCAGAUUUUGGUGGACAUUCAGGGUGACACUUGUAAAUGCGGGGGGAGGGGGAGUUUUAUUUGGAAAAGUACCUGGAGAUCCCUAAUGAUUCGUAAGCAGUUAUGAUGGAACAGAUGGAAUGAUGGGAUUUUUUGUUUGACUGUAUUUCUGUUGCAGUGAGAGUCUGAUUUCCUAGAAAUGAGUUAUUGAUAGCUCAUAGUGAUCAUGAUUGCCCAUGAUAGGUUUUGGUAAAAAUGGUAUGUGCAAAUUUUGGAUGAUUGAUAGUUGUGGUUUGAGGGAUUAGAUGUUUGCAGUGUUAUCGUGAUUUGGCUAUUUUUAAAUUAUGUUCUGGUAACUUCAGAAUUAUUACACUACCAGUCUGAGAGACGUUACAGUCUGAGGUUCACUUUUAAAAUUAAUAAAAAAUGUUUUAAUGGCUUUCUUUAUAAACAGUGCAUCAAAACAAAACUGUCCAUGUUUUUUUGUUGUUGAUACUCAUAUAUCUUGUCCUUGUAGAGAUAUUGUUACUAUAGAGUUUGGUUUUCUGAAAUGUUUUCCAUUGCAUUCAAAAUUAUGACUGGUAAAAUUACACAAAGUUUCCCAGGAAAAAAAUCAUUAAAUUUACAUAUGUUUAUGUAUUCUGGAAAUGUUAACAAUUUAUUUCUGGAUAGGUCAUUUAAGUGUUUAUGUCAGAAUUAAUAAAAUCUUAUACAGCUCAUGAAAUGGCAAACUUGGCUUUUUCUACCAAUUAAAAAAAAAGAAAGAAAAAACCAAACUCACUGCCUUCGAGUCGAUUCCAACUCCUGUGACCCCGUGGAGUUUCCAAGGCUGUCCAUCCUUACCUGAGCAGACUGCUGCAUCUUUCUCCACUGGUGGCUGGUGGUUUCAAACCGCUGACCUGUGUGUCAGCAGUCAGUGCUUUCACCAGGGCUUCUUCGCUACCAGUAAAUGAUUGAAAUUCCUAUUUCCUGCUCAGAUUUUUUUAACAGCAUUAUUGAGGUAUAAUUCAUAUACCAUAAAUUUCACCCAUUAAAGUGUACAAUCAAAGGUUUUUAGUAUAUUUACAGAGUUGUGCAACAUCAGUGUAGUUUAAUUUUAGAACAUUUUCAUCAUCCUGGAAAGAAGCCAUGAGCAGUUACCCCCCUUUCUCCCCACCCCACCCUUAGCCCUAGGCAACUACUGCUUUCUGUCUCUAUAUAUUUGACUUUUGUGGGCAUCUCAUAUACGUAGAGUCAGCUCAUAGCUGCUUUUUUUUUUUUUUUUUGACAGAGCGUUAGGUGGAAGUUUAGAGAGCAAAUCAGAUUCCCAUUGGAUAGUUUGUAUGUAGUGUUUCAUGGCCUUGGUUCCAUUCCCUGCAGUGUGUCACCACUCUCCCCAUGUCCGCCCUGGGCUCCCCAUUUCCUUUCAUCCAGAUUUUCUACCCCUUCCCGCUUUCUCAUCUUUGGUUUUGGGCAAAUAUUGCCCUUUUCAUCUUGUGUAAUUGCUUGUUGUAAGGAGCACUUUCCUCUCUGGUGUUAUUGUUUAUUUUAUCAGCUUGUCUAUUGUUUGGCCAGAAGGUGGUCUCUGGGAAUGGCUUCAGUUCCAGGUCAAACGGGUGUCUUAGGGCCAUACUCUGGGGGGUUCCUCCAGUACUCAUAGUUCUUGAAAAGUUUUUCUUUUAAAAUUAAUUUAUAUGUUUAAAAUUUUUUAUUUGGGUUAGAGAAUAAGCCACUGAUCAUUGAUAUUAAAAGCAGUGUUAUACACAACUGACAUACCUGUUUGGUUGUAUUAAGCACAGAUUAAUAUAAAGUUUGUUAGCAUGAACAACUUCAGUGACCUCCAGAGGUAGUCAUGCCAGCUGGCAGUCAAUAAGUAAAAGUUGGAACAGUUUUUUUGCCAUUGAAUAUUAGAAUAUCAGGAUUGGAAAAGCCCUUAAAGACCCCCUGCUUACUUCCUGCUUGCCUCACAAAUAGAUGGCAACAACCAAUUGAGGAAAUCUGCAGAGUAGAAGCUUGAAUCUCUAGGAUGCAUUGCUCACCAGCCACAAUGAGGCCAUGCAGGGCAAGAAACAAGAGUUUGGAAGUGAGAAUUGUUUAGGUUCAUGUAUGUAUGUAUGUAAUUUGGUAUUUUACUAACAGAGCAUGGAAAGGACUGGACAUUUUUCCACUUUGGUGCGUGUGUGGGGGGGGACUUAUGUAUUGACAUAGAUGAAAUUCAUGUUAAAAAUCCUCUAAAAAUGCUUUAUUCUUGUUAUAAUCCAAGGGAGGAUGACAUAUUUAUUAUUUAGGUGUCUUAUUGUACCUUAAUAUUAAAACAAAAAAUCCAAAUUUUAAAAACAAAAAUAAUUUUUAAAAAAUUAUAAUUGACAGGCCAGUUGGAAGCCUUCUUUUUCAAAGAUCGGGGACCCUAUUUUGCCCUCCAAAGGGCAUUUGGCAAUGUCUGGCGACUUUUUUUUUGGCCCUGGUGGCACAGUGGUUAAGCAUUUGGCUGCUAAACAACCAAUAGGGUAGCUAUGAGUCGGGAUCAACUUGACAGCAACGAAUUUGGUUUUUAGGUUUUUUUUUUUCGGAGACGUUUUUGGUUAUCACAACUGAAGGGGUAGUGGUGCUGUUGUCAUUUAGUGGGCAGGGACCAGGGAUGUUGCACAGGAGCCCCCAGUUUCCCCUCCCCAAACAAAGAAAUGUCAGUAGUGCUGUUCUGGUAAGAGCCUGAGCUAGUGUUCCUGACCCCACCAGGUGGAAAAUACUCUCAGUGGGCACUGUUUGGUGGGUUAAAUUAAUCCUUAGAUCCUGUAGCAGCUCUCUGUCUCUAAGCUGAUUAUCCUUAAAUCUGGAAAAACUUUGUUUUCUGAAAAUGGCAGCCUUAUUUUACUGUAAUUUUCAAAUAGGUUUAUUAAGUUUUUGGAGUUGGUUAUUGAGGCAGAGGUUUUUGAAAUUGAAAUACAUAUAUAGUAAUAUCUUUUUUAUCUAGAAGUGAUUUUUUGGGGGUGGGGGAGGGUCUGGCAGCUUCAACUGCCAAGAAAAGAGAAGUAAGCUAAGUGUUUACCUACUUACAUACAUACAUGCAUGUGUGUUGUGAAUGUCCAAAAAAACCCAAAGUUUAUGGAUUAUGAAUCUCUCUUUUUUUUCUUGUAGGCCCCACUUUUGACUCUGAUUUUUUAACAAGGGUGAUUGGUAUUGAAAGAAGAAAAGAUUGGCAGUUGUGGUCACUUUUGCUGUUUACCACCUUAUGACCUUAGAUAAGUUACUCAAUCUUUCUGAGCCUCAGUUUUCUCAUCUCUAAAACAGGGAUAGUGGUAAUUCCUGUAUUACAAGAUUAUUGUGAGAAUUAAAUGAAAUAAUGUGUGUUUGGAUGCCAUAUCGAGUAUGAAACACUGUAUAAGAAUUCAGUUGGUUGUUUCAGAAGAAGAAAAUUAGAUAAGGGAUAUAGAGGCUUUCAAAGGCGGGCAGAGCAGUGACAGGUGACAGCCUCUCUAGGGAAGAGAGAGAAAUACUAUAUAUGUGCGUGCGUGUGUGUGUGUGUGUGUGUGUAUUUUGGCAAACUAGUAAAAGAACUAGUAUAUCACUGUAAUCUGAGGCUGUAGGGGCAAACUCAUUUCCCUCAGCAGUGCCUGAGGGUGUCACUAUUACAGCACAGUUAAUAACUGAUGAUUAUAAUGGUGAAACUCCUUAGUCAAGAAAAGUUUACCUUGUUUUCAAAAUAUGCUAUUUGAGAAGACAUGAAAGUAUGUAGUUGAUUUCAGAGUUUUUCAAAAGUGAUUUAGCUUUUUUCAAAAAUAAAUUGCAAUUAUCCAAAUUAAUUUCCUUGUUGCAAAUAUUUCUGUCUUUAUUUACUAUGCAUGCCUUCCUUUAUAUUUGAAGGUUUAUUCUACCAGUUGUAAUUGCUCUUCAGAUACGAGGAUUUAACUGAAGAAAUCUGAGGUUUUAAGCCUACUCACCAUUUGCAGAGUCUUAUCUGCUUCUGGAUUUUUUUCUAUUAUUUUUCAACAUCUUUUUCCUCAAAAAGAGUGGUUUUGAUUUUUCUUUUCUGUAUGUCCAGUAGUCCACAGUUGAACUGUAGCAUUUAGAGGUGAAUUAAUUAAAAUUCAUGAAAUGAAUGGGGAAAUAUGUAAUCUCAUGUAAUUUUAUUAACUGGUCAGUUUGCCUUAACAGUCAUACUUUUUUCCUUGGAUAGCUUGAGAGUACAUUAGUUGGAGACAAUAUUCACAGUAAGUCAUGUGGUGGUAUUGGUAGAUAUUUUUCAAGUAUGGUGAACUUACCAAAAUUGGAUUUUAAAAAGUGAGGGAAAUUUUUUAUGGCAAAAAUGGUGUGAAUUUGGAAAAUUUUAUAUUCAAACAGUUGGGUUUUUGACUAAAAGGAAGUUCAAGGAGUGGGUGUUUGUGUAUGCAUAUUGAGAUGAUACAUCAUGUUUUAUGAUGUUUCUCCUAUUGAGUGAGGAGAGUAAAAAUUUGAAAUCAUAAUAAUUAUGUCAAGAAAGUUCACUCCCUGGUAAUUUUUAAUGCCUUUUUUUUUUAGUUUUGGAACUUGGCUAAACUGAUGGACAGGCUGUGAAGCUAGGUUAUGAAGGGUUUUCAGACUUGAUGGACUUGAUACAUGUUGCUAUCAAAGAAUUCUUUAGGAGAAUGAUCUUAGAAAGAUGAUUCUAAAGUUGAGUAAGGUUAGGAUCAAGGACUCUUGGUAGGAGAUGCUCACAGUAAUCUAAUCUGUAAAUAAAGUCCUGAAUUAGAGUAAGGGUAGAUGGAAUGGAGAGCAAGGGGACGAUUUGUCGUGUGUUUUGGAGACAUGAUUCAUAAGACAACCCAAGUUGGUAUAGAAAUUGAAGAAUAUGGAAGGUUCAGGGAGUCAUGUUGGCUUCAGGGUUUCCAGCUCUAGAAGUUGAAUAGAUGGUGUUGCCAUUAACUAAGCUAGAGAAAGAAUAAAUUUUUGGUGUUGGAGGAGUGGGGUAAAGAUGAUGCAUACUUAGGUUAAGUUUGGAUCUGUUGAAUUUCAGAUAUCUAUGAGAUAUCAAAGUGAAGAUGGCUAGUAACCAGUUAAAAAUUUGGGCCUGGCACACUGAAAAGAGGUUAGGACUGAGAAAGAUACGGAAUCUAUCCAGUUUUCUUCAUAUCCUUUGCCAUUAUCCUUGCCUGAGUUCAGGCUGAUGGCAUCUCUUAACCUGGAUUAUUGCAAAUUUCCUCUACUAUUACUCCUCUCCAAUUCAUUCUCUGUGCUACAACCAGUGAUCUUUCUAAAAGGCAAAUCUGGUUAAAUUAUUUCUGUGACUUUCUUUUAUCCUCAGUGUGAUACCUACUUUCCUUAUUUCUUCAACAGAUUUAAAAGUUUCUUUAAGUUCUUUUCCUAAUACCUCUGUAGCCUUAGUGAUUCUGCACGGCAACCUCCACCCCCAAGCUUUUGUAUAUAUUGUUCCCUGUUCCUGGAGUGUUCUCCUCAUCACUCCCUUCCUCCCCUCCAUUUUUCUAGCUCGUUACUACUUAUUCCUCAGGUCUUGGCAAGCCUGCAUUGGCUUUUUAUUACUACUAUUACUUUUGAAAAAUUUUAGACCCAUAGAAGAGUUGAAAGAAUAAUACAGUAAGCACCCAUGCACACACAUGCACACACACUUUCCUUUUGCCAAACUCAAAAGUAGACUGGAAGGUGGAGCCACCAUAGCAGUAUAGACAAAAGCACCACGCUGUCCAUCCACAGCAAAGACUCAAAAAACUAAGUAAAACAGAGACAGAUGUCAAUCCUGGAACCCUAAGCAUUAAAUGAAGAGAAAAAGAACUCAACCAAGCACCAAAUGAAAUAAGAAACUGACAGAGAACAGAGAGUGAGGAGAGAUACAAGUGAAGGUCCUCUAACUCUCCCUGCCAUUGGACCGAUUCACCAUCUUGGACUCCUGUGGGAGAUCGGUGGGCAGGGUGUAUGGGAAAGCAGCUUCACGGAGCUCCCAGCAGGAGGCAGAGCACCUGGUAGCGAUACAUGCUUUCUCACCCCCACCCUUCUUGCCCCUGCUUGGCCUCUGCCACUUCCCAGCAGGCCGAGUGACUGCGGCCAGUAGGUGCUAGCUCCAUGCUGUACUGAUUUGCCCCGUCCACACUGGCUGGCUUCUUCAGUGCCAUUUUAUUGUUGCUGGUGUUGCUUUUUUUGGCUUCUUUUGGUUUCAUCCCUCCCUCUCACCUGCUUCCCUUCCUUUCCCUUGAACACUUGGUUCUGUGUGCCAUCUUUGCUUCUUCUUGACAGGUUGUGAAGCGCUGCUCGGCUGGGGAACUGCUUCCCCAGUCCAUGCCACCACGCUGGUGGAAUCCCCGAGGCUUUUUUUUUUUCUUGGCUUGGGAGCCCCUUCUAGCUGGGCCAUACUGCGAGGCUUGGGAGCCGCAUUCCUGGUGUUCAUAGCCGUGCUGGUGGGAUCCCUGGGGGCAUUUCUUUUUUUAUUUUCUUUUUUCCUUUUUGUCUUUCUUCAUUUCUCAGUUUCUCAUCUGUCCCUACUUACCUUCUUUUCCUGUCUCCUGAAUAUCUGGCACUAUGUGCCAUCUCUGCCCCUUAUGGCUGGGCUGCACUGCGCUGCUUGGGAGCCCCUUUCCUGGUGUGCACAGCUGUGCCAGUGGGAUCACUGGGGCCUUUUUUUCUCUUUUUCGUUUUUCCGUUCUCAAUUCCUCACCUCUCUGCUUUCCUUCUUUUCCUGUCUCCCGAAUACCAGGUGCUACAGCCAUCUCUGUCCCUUCUAGAUGGGCUGUGAUCCAAGGCCUGGGAGUCACUUCCCUGGUUGCCAGUGAGAUCCCUGGGAGCAUUUUUUUUUUUUUUUGCGUUUUUGUUGUUCUUCAUUUCCCAGUUUCUCGCCUGUCCACUCCAGCAGCAAGCUCCCUCAGCAUUUUUUGUUUGUCUGGCUCCUGUUUCUCUCUUCCCUCUUCUUUUCCAUACCCAUCUUAGCUGCACACAUCACAAUCUCCCCCUUCCCUCCUGCCUGCCUGCACUGUGCACUGAACAUCACACCCCCGAGCAGUACAGGCACGGCCUACCGGAACCUUCACUGCACUGACUCACAGCUGGCCCAUCCGAACAACCCAUUGCAGCCCUUGCCCUUCAGCUGGACCUGCCCCGCUGCACUGUAGAUAAGCAACUCUCCCUGCCCAUUGGACAAGGAGGUGAAAAGUGUUGUACCUACAGAUGAACAAACAACAAAGAAUGCACAGCCCACCUGCUCAUACAGAACCAAAUAAAACAAAAAGGCAGGGUGAAACAAGCAAAUCUACAGUCAGUAAGUGAAGAAAAUAACUACUGAGUGUCCCAAAGACAGCAGACAAUAUCAAAACAUAUUAAAAAAAAAAAAAAAAAGGACAGUAUGGUUCUAGUAGGCAUCUAAACUAAAACACCAGAUGACUUUCCAGUAGAAGAAAAGGCACUAAAACUACCUGAUAGGGAAUUCAAAUCUCUAAUAUUCAGAGCUAUCCAAGAGUUGAAGCAAAAAACAGACAAAAAUGGGGGAAAAAUAGACAAGUUCAUGGAAAAUACAAACAAGAAAUGGAAGAAUUCAGGAAAACAAUAUAGGACCAAAAUGUCAAAAUAAAUUCACAACUAGAAAUCAGACAAAAACAAUAAUUAGAAAUCUUAAAGAUAAACAACAAGAUUUCAGAAAUGGACCAUGCCAUAGAAGGUCUUAGGAGCAGGUUUGAAAUAAUGGAAGACAGGAUCAGUGAAAUUGAAGACAAACACUUGGAUACAACUUUGAGGAAAAAUCAGAAAAAAGAAUGAAGAAAAAUGAAGAAACCUUGAGAAUUAUGUGGGAUACAAUUAAAAGCAAAAAUUUGUGAGUGAUUGGCAUUCCAGGAUGGGGCGAAAAUGGAAAACACAGAGAGGAUCAUUGCAGAAUUGCUGACAGAAAACUUCCCUAAUAUCAGGAAAGAUGAAAAGCUGACCAUCCAAGAAGCUCAAUGAACCCCAUGUAGGAUAGACCCCAAAAGAUAAUCACCACGGCAUGUCAUAAUCAUACUCGCUAAAACCAAAGAAUCCUCAGAGCAGCUCAAGAAAAACGAAAAGUGACAUACAGAUGGGAAACAGUAAGACUAAGCUCUGAUUACCUGGCAGAAACCAUGCAGGCAAGGAGGCAAUGGGAUGACAUAUAUAAAACCUUGAAAGAAAAAAAUUGCCAACCAAGAAUGAUACAUCCUACAAAACUCUUAUUCAAAUAUCAUGGUGAAAUUAGAACAUUUCCAGGUAAACAGAAGUUAACGGAGUAUAUAAAAACAAAACCAAACUUAAAAGAAUUAUUAAAGGGAGUCCUUUCAUUUGAGAACAAACAACAUCUGACCACAGCCUGAAUCUAGGAUGCAACAUUGCACCAGCCAGAUACCAAUGCAGGAAAUGAACUUUCCAGGACUACUCAAAACCAAAAGAUUUACAACAGAGAACCAGAAAGGUUAAUCUGUGAAUGACAACAACAUCAGAACAAAAAAAGAGGGAAUAAACAGUAUAGGUAUAAAACUUUCUAAUGGAGAGGAAGGCAAGGCAAUACCAAGUAAUAAUAGACUGGUUCAAACCAAGGAAGAUAAGGGUAAAUUUCAAGGUAACCACAAAGGAAGCUAACAAAUCUACUCAUCAAAAUGAAGAAAAAUACAAAGGCUGCAAAGACAAAAUCUACAAAAACAAAAGAAAUGAAAAAAAAAAAAAAUCCACAAACAAAAGAAAUCCAGCACAGGAGAGUAAGAGGAACAAAGAAAAUGUCAGCACCACAGAAAAAAAGCACUACAGAAUGACAGCAAUAAACUCACCUGUCAAUAAUUACACUGAAUAUAAAUGGCCUAAAUGCACCCAUAAAGAGACAGAGUGACAGAAUGGGUUAAAAAAUAGGAUCCAUCAAUAUGCUGUCUACAAGAGACUCACCUCAGAAACAAGGCAUAAGUUUAUUAAAAAUCAAAGGAUGGAAAAAAAUAUAUCAAGCAAACAGCUACCAAAAAAGAGCCAGAGUGGCAGUACUAAUCUCUGAUAAAAUAAACUUUAGAACAAAAUCAACCAUAAAAGACAAAGAAGGGCACUAUGUAAUGAUUAAAGGGACGAUCCAUCAUGAAGGAUAAAGGAUAAGGUGAAACAUUUAUGUAGAGGAUGACCCAUGAACUUUAAGAUGUCUGAUAUUUAAGUUUUCAUUGCUUAUUAUGUUGUUUCUACUUAAACCCGACACCUGUACUUCUCACCCCGUUGCCCUCAUUCACCAUUAGUAUCCCCCCAAACCUCAGUUAAAGUCUUGUAUAAUUAAAAAAAAAAAAAAAAAGAGUAGACAGAAGACAUCGUGAUACUUCACCCCUAAAUACUUAAGCCUGCAUCUCCUAAUUACAGGAACAUUCUUCUACACAGCCAUGAUACCAUUACACAGCUAAGACUAUCAGCAUUUACUCAAUAACAUUAUUCAACACACUUAAAUUUCCCCGAUUGUUCCAAAAAUCUUUAUAGCUUUUUCUCCCUCUACUGUAGGAGUCUGUAGUGUUUUUACUGGCUAAUUUUUGGAAGUAGAUCACGAGGCCUUCCUUUCUAGUCUGUAAGCUCCACUGAAACCUGUCCACCGUGGGUAACCCUGCUGGUGCUAACCCAGUGGCAUAGCUUCCAGCAUCAUAGCAACACACAAGCUACCUCAGCGUGACAAACUGACAUACUAGCAGUCAUGAAGAUAACACAGGACCAGGCAACAUUUUAUUCAUUUACCCAUAAGGUCACCAUGAGUUGAAGCUGACUCGGUGACAACUAACAACAGUAAUACAGAAUUCGAUCAAGGUUUAUGCAUUGCAUUUGACUGGUAUGCCUCUUUAGUCUCUCCCAAUCUGGACUAGUUCAACUGCCUUCCUCUCUUCUUUAGGUUCUUUCUUUGAAGUAGAGGCCAUUUGUGCUGGACUGUGUUCCAAGUCCUGAAUUGUCUGUUUUCUCACAGUUAGAUUCUAGUCAAACAUUUCUGGCAAGAACACCACACAUAUCUACUACUGUAUUACAUCAGAGGUGCAUACUGUUAGGCCGUCCCUCUCUUUGUGAUACAAGCUUGUCCGCUUGGUUAAGGUGGUGAUUGACAGAUCUCUCCUCUAUUUAGUUAAUAAAUAAUUGAUAGAGUGAUACUUUGUGGCCACGUAAAUAUCCUUUGCCCUUACAACCUUUCAGCCAAUGGUUUUAACAUCUAUUAAUUCCUUGCUUGAAUCAGUUAUUACAUUGGGGGAUUACAAAUGAUGACUUUGUAAUUCUUUCAUUCCUUCUACAUUUAUUAUCUUCAUUGACUUUUGAGGGCAGUGAGGUCAGGUUAGAUGAAAACUGAAUAUAGGCCAUUGUAUUUAGAAAUCAGGUCAUGUCUAACUUUUUCCAGAGCCAAGUGAGUGGUAAAGAUGGAAGACAGUUUGCUAAUGAGGUUUGCCAGUGAAGGGAAAGCAAGAAGAAGUACUUGAGGAAAAGAAUGCUAAUUUAGUACUUGGACUUUUUUGUGAUUAGGCUGAGGAGAUUGAAGAUAGGAGAGUCAAGGAAUAAUUAAUAGAACGUGGUCUCAGAUGAAGCAGGAAGAGGUGAGAUCAAGAGCAGCUAGUUAGGGGAUUAACUCUGGAAAAGAAUAGAUAUCCAUUCUAUCUCAGAAAGUUACGUGGUGUGUACAGGUGAGAAUUAGGUGGGAUUGGAUAUGGAGGAAAAAUGAGAAGUCAUAUCUGAGGACUUUUUCUGGUAUGAAGUAAAAAGACUUGGUUACUUUUUGAACAUGGAAUUGAAGGAGUUGGGCUGGGGACGUGAGGAGAUUGAUGUAAGUUUGUUACAAAUACUGUGGGACAAUUAGAGAAGUGUUUCAGGAUCAGUGGAAGAAUGCUGAGUAGCAUCAGGGACUCAUCUGAGAUUGGAACUCAUAAAUUUGUAAUCAGCAUGAAUUUAUAGUUUUCUCUGGCAGUAUUCUGCAGCCAGGAACAAAGCAAAGACAGAUUGUAUUGAAGAUGGAUGAGAGAAAGAGAGAACUGAAGAUGGAAAGGAGACUGUUGAAGUAAUUGACCAUGGAAUCCAGGCUGUCUAGAGGAGCUGGUAAAGCAGAACUGAGCUGAGACCCAAACAGUAGGGAGUGGUAUAGAGUUGAGUGGCGAUUUUAUGCAAUGGCUUCAAGCCACAGUUCUUCACCAGUGCCUCAAGGAAGCAGCAGUGAUGUUUUCUUUAAAAAAGAGGUGGAUUCAACAAAACACAUUCGAAAUGUGCAGUCACUGCCAGAUGUGUGUCCCAAGGAACCCACGGGUGAUACAAAUAGCUUAUGUGUUGCCCCAUCUCUAGUUACAGAUCAACAUAGAUGGACUAUAUAUCAUUCCAAAGUAAAUCUUCCAGCAGCGCUAAAUGAUCCUAGAUUAGCAAAAAGAGAAUCUGACUUCUUCACAAAAACAUGGGGAUUGGACUUUGUGGACACCGAAGUCAUGCCUUCAUUCUACCUCCCACAGAUCAGCAAGGAACAUUUUACAGCAUAUCAGCAAGAAAUCUCUCAGAGAGAGAAGAUUCAUGAGAGAUGCAAGAAUAUUUGUCCUCCUAAAGAUACCUUUGACAGGACUCUCUUACAUACUCAUGAUAAAUCCAGGACAGAUCUGGAGCAAGUACCUAAGAUUUUUAUGAAACCAGAUUUUGCCUUGGACGAUUCCUUAACUUUUAAUUCAGUUUUACCAUGGUCUCAUUUUAAUACUGCUGGUGGGAAAGGAAACCGCGAUGCAGCUUCCUCAAAGUUGCUUCAAGAAAAGCUGAGCCAUUAUCUGGAUAUAGUGGAAGUAAACAUUGCUCACCAGAUCUCUCUGCGUUCAGAAGCAUUUUUUCAUGCAAUGACCUCUCAACACGAAUUGCAGGACUACCUCAAGAAAACUUCCCAGGCUGUAAAAAUGCUUCGAGAUAAAAUUGCACAGAUUGAUAAAGUAAUGUGUGAAGGAUCACUACACAUUUUAAGACUGGCACUUACCAGAAAUAAUUGUGUUAAAGUGUACAAUAAACUGAAGUUAAUGGCCACUGUACACCAGACUCAGCCUACUGUACAGGUGUUGUUAUCUACUUCUGAAUUUGUUGGAGCGUUGGACUUAAUAGCAACAACACAAGAGGUUCUACAACAGGAACUUCAGGGCAUUCACAGUUUCCGGCAUUUGGGAUCACAGCUUUGUGAAUUAGAAAAACUAAUAGAUAAAAUGAUGAUUGCAGAAUUUUCUACUUACUCUCACAGUGACUUAAAUAGACCCCUGGAAGAUGACUGUCAAAUUUUAGAAGAGGAAAGACUAGUGUCUCUUGUAUUUGGACUUUUAAAGCAGAGAAAACUCAAUUUUUUAGAAAUCUAUGGUGAAGAAAUGAUUAUUACAGCAAAGAAUAUCAUAAAACAGUGUGUGAUUAAUAAAGUUUCACAAAUAGAAGAAGUAGAUACUGAUGUUGCUAUGAAGCUUGCAGAUCAGGUGAGAAUGUUAAAUUUUCCCCAGUGGUUUGAUCUGCUGAAGGAUAUAUUCUCUAAAUUUAUAAUUUUCCUACAAAGAGUUAAGGCAACGUUAAAUAUCAUUCAUAGUGUUGUGCUCUCAGUUCUUGACAAAAACCAAAGGACUAGAGAAUUGGAGGAAAUUUCACAACAGAAGAAUGCUGCAAAGGACAAUUCAUUGGACACAGAGGUGGCUUAUUUAAUCCACGAGGGCAUGUUUAUAAGUGACGCAUUCACUGAGGGUGAAUUAACACCUACAGCAGUCGACACUACCUCUCAAAGAAACGCAUCUCCAAAUAGUGAGCCCUGCAGCAGUGAUUCGGUGUCCGAACCAGAAUGUACCACUGAUUCUUCAUCCAGCAAAGAGCAGACAUCAUCAUCGGUUACUCCAGGAGGCGUGGAUAUGAUGGUCGGUGAGGACAUGAAGUUAACUGACUUGGAGCUAGGAAAACUGGCAAAUAGUAUCCAGGAGUUACUUUUUAAUGCUUCAGACAUAUGCCAUGAUCGAGCGGUCAAAUUUCUCAUGUCAAGAGCAAAGGAUGGUUUUCUUGAGAAGCUAAAUUCCACGGAGUUCAUAACACUUUCUAGAUUAAUGGAAACAUUCAUUUUAGACACUGAACAAAUCUGUGGAAGAAAAAGCAUGUCAUUACUUGGAGCACUCCAGAGCCAAGCUAAUAAAUUUGUAAAUAGGUUUCACGAAGAGAGAAAAACCAAGCUCAGCCUCCUCUUAGACAAUGAGCGCUGGAAGCAAGCUGAUGUCCCUGCAGAAUUUCAGGACCUUGUUGAUUCUGUAUCAGAUGGAAGGAUUGCUUUACCUGAAAAGAAACCAGGGGCUACAGAAGAAAGGAGACCAGCUGAAGUUCUCGUUGUUGAGGGACAACAGUAUGCUGUUGUUGGUACUGUAUUGCUGUUAAUAAGAAUUAUUCUUGAAUAUUGCCAGUGUGUGGAUAACAUCCCAUCGGUUACUACUGACAUGCUUACUCGUCUGUCAGAUUUAUUGAAGUAUUUCAAUUCAAGAAGUUGCCAGUUAGUUCUGGGAGCUGGUGCAUUGCAAGUUGUUGGACUAAAAACAAUAACUACAAAAAAUUUGGCUCUUUCUUCACGCUGUUUGCAGUUAAUUGUGCACUACAUUCCUGUGAUCCGGGCUCAUUUUGAAGCUCGACUGCAGCCUAAGCAAUAUAGCAUGCUUAGGCAUUUUGAUCAUAUCACUAAGGACUACCAUGACCACAUAGCUGAAAUAUCAGCUAAGCUUGUAGCGAUAAUGGACAGCUUAUUUGACAAGCUAUUAUCUAAGUAUGAGGUGAAAGCUCCUGUCCCUUCUGCCUGCUUCAGGAAUAUUUGUAAGCAAAUGGCAAAAAUGCAUGAAGCUAUAGUUGAUCUCCUUCCGGAAGAACAAACACAGAUGUUAUUUUUAAGAAUUAAUGCAAGCUACAAACUACACUUGAAAAAGCAGUUAUCUCACUUAAAUGUGAUUAAUGAUGGAGGACCUCAAAAUGGGUUGGUCACAGCAGAUGUAGCCUUUUACACUGGAAAUCUUCAAGCCUUAAAAGGCCUUAAAGAUUUGGACCUAAAUAUGGCUGAGAUCUGGGAACAGAAGAGGUGAUGAUGUACUAUAAAACUGAGUAGUUCAUCUGGCCAUGGGAUAUAUAGGUUUAUGAAGAAGAUCUGGAUGCCUGUGAUUCGAGAACUGAACCUGGAACCCGAAGUGAACUGCGGUGGGGGAGGGGAAAGCAAAGUGUCAGUGUUGGGAAACUGGAUUCAGUGGGAUCUACGGGGAAGGCCAUUUCUGUGCGUCCUUCAGUGAGGAGUAACUGAUCAGGUGUCUAUAACAUUUUUCAUUCUCUCUGGAAACAGACUCAGGUUUCUUUGGACCAAAUCCAAAAGAACACAUAGCUGUAACACAGCUGUAGUUGACUAGAAUGCUCUGUAUACUUUAUAUUAAAAAAAAUGCUUUGCAUUUCUUCCAGUGCAAUGAAAUUCAUACGGUGUCCCACCUUAUUUAAUGAUGGUACAAUUUCAAAUAUUAAAAUCUUAGUCAACCUCUGUAGAAAGUUUUCUCUAUAAAAGUAAAGCUGUUUGAAAAAUUAUUUUUUUACAGAUCUUUCUAUAAAAAAUAAACAUCUUUUGAUUGCUUGGAUUUAGGAAUUCAGUUUUUGUUUCAGUGACCAAUGUCAAGUUCCAGCUGUGUGUGCCACGCAUCCCAUCUUUCUCCCACCACCACACGUUGGCUGGGGAAAGCCCUCCAGAAAGUCUCAACACUUGAAAGACUGAUUCCAAGUAAUAAUUAAAGACUAAGAUACUGGCAUACAUUUAGGCAACUGCUAAAUUUAAAUACUUUUCAGAAGUGGUCUGUGAAAGGCUACAGUUCAAUAGCUGUAUUUUUAUAAAGUAUCUAUGAAGGUUUUUUCUUUUGCCUUUUUCUAGCAGAGGUAAGAAUACAUGUUGAUCUAAUUUGCCUUCUUACGAGUUCUAACAUUUAGGUAACAUAUGAAGUAUGGCCCCCUUGGGUUCUUGUUUUUAAGUUAUUUUUGAUGUGUAUAUGAACGGAGACCAGGGAGAAACAGAGCUUUUAAAACACAGGCUGCUGCGUUGGGGCCAGAAUGACAAGGUGACGGGUUAAGUAAGUUGUUUAAAGACUUUUAUAGUUUCUACCUUCAAAAGCAGAAUCAGCAGCACUCUACAAAUGAAAGUGCCUGGGCCUCACCUCACGCCUAACCCUGUCAGAGUGCCUCAACUGGUGGUGAUGAUGUACAAUGAAAGAGUCUUAUUUUGUGCUCUUCAGUUUCCUAAAAGGAAAGCCUGUUUUUGUUCCUUUAUCAUUACAAAGGUGUGUCAUUGGUUCUUAAACUGUCUGUCUAAAAUAAAGCUAUAAAAAAUUA